UGCAUCAAGGAUCAACUCUUAGUCCUUUUUUAUUUGCCUUGGUGAUAGAUGGAUUGACGCGACAAAUUUAAGAUGCGGUGCCAUGGUGUAUGCUUUUCGCGGAUGACAUAGUCCUGAUCGAUGAGACUCGCCGUGGAGUUAACGCUAAGCUGGAGGAUUGGAGACAUAUCUUGGAGUCUAAAGGGUUUAAGUUGAGUAGGACAAAGACAGAGUACUUAGAGUGCAAGUUCAGUAAGACACCUCAGGAGGUUGGCGUUGAAGUUAGGCUUGGUGCUCAGGCCAUCCAAAAGAGAAGUAGUUGCAAGUAUCUUGGGUCUAUCAUACAAGGCAGCGGGGAGAUUGACGAUGAUGUCACACAUCGUAUUGGGGUAGGGUGGAUGAAAUGGAGGCUCGCUUCCGGAGUGCUAUGUGACAAGAAUGUGCCACCAAAACUUAAGGGCAAGUUCUACAAAGUGGUGGUUAGACCGGCUAUGCUGUAUGGGGCGGAGUGUUGGCCAGUUAAGACUUCUCACAUUCAAAAGAUGAAAGUUGCUGAGAUGAGAAUGCUGAGAUGGAUGUGUGGGCACACUAGGAGCGACAGGAUUAGAAAUGAGGCUAUUCGGGACAAGGUAGGAGUGGCCUCAGUAGAAGACAAGAUGCGGGAAAUGCGACUGAGAUGGUAUGGACAUGUGAAGAGGAGAGACACAGAUGCCCCAGUGCGGAGGUGUGAGAGGCUGGCCAUGGAUGGUUACAGAAGAAGUAGGGGUAGGCCAAAGAAGUAUUGGGGAGAGGUGAUUAGACAGGACAUGGCGCGGUUACAUCUUACGGAGGACAUGAACUUAGAUAGGAGGGUGUGGAGGACCCACAUUAGGGUAGAAGGCUAGUUCAUUGUCUCGUUAUUCUUCUCUAUUCAUAGGCGUAGUAGCGCAUUACGAUCUCUUGCGCUUUGACUUCUGAUUUAUGUUAUUUUGUUAUUAUUUAUUACUUUCUAUGCUUUGAUUACUCUAUUUUACCUG